CAUUGGGCAUCAUUAAAUAAAAACGUUCGUUCAAUUAACAACUGCAGUGCUGAGGUCCCCAGUCGAAAGGAUAAUUCUGCCUUUUGGAUUACACUUCUGAUCGAACAAAAUGAAGAACUUUGCUCUAUGUCUGCUGGUCGCCGCCCUGAUGAGCUGCUGCCAGGCUGCCCCCCAAAAGGCGGAGGAGCCCAUCGCCAUCAUCAGCCAGGAGUCUAAUAUUGAGCCGGAUGGAUCGUACAAUUAUGCCUACGAGACGGCCAACGGUAUUAAGGCCGAGGAGACCGGAACCCUGAAGAAGGCCACCUCUCCGGACUCCAGUGACGUGAUCAUCGCCCGGGGAUCGGUGUCGUACACCUCGCCCGAGGGCAACCUGAUCACCCUCAACUAUUCGGCCGAUGACGAGAACGGUUUCCAGCCGCAGGGCGACCACCUGCCCACUCCGCCACCAAUCCCGCCGGCGAUCCAGAAGGCGCUCGACUAUCUGCUCAGCCUGCCCCCGGCAAAGCGUCGUUAGAGACGGACUACCCCCUUGGAUUUUGACCCACGAUUCUCUGACCAAGACACCUUCGAUUCUGAUGUGUAGAUGCUGCGCUGUUGCUACAAGUUGAUUGCUGCAAAUCCCCAAGACCCCCGAUCCCCCAAUCCUAGACAAUCACACAUAAGACACAAGCCAAGGGCUGGAGCCACCUCAUCCUUCUACCACUUUGGAGGUCAAAGGUCGGCCAAAUCCACUGACUGAAGAACACAAACUCAAACGGAUUUGAGGGACAACACCACACCACACCACACAAAAACCAAAACAAAAACAAAACCGAACAACACGAUGAUACAUUAUACAGAUAGCCCCAGUCUACUUUCUUGCUUUCUUCCGCGAACUCUUUCUUUUACGCGAAUCUCUUCAGAUCUUUUAGUCGCCGGAACUUUGCCAUUUUCGGACUCAUGUGAUAUCGUCGAUUUAUCAAUGAAAUCAACAAAGAAAAUGUAAAAAAAAAUUGACAAACAAGAAAUUACUUAAAUAAUAUACAAGGAAUAUUAUCCACAGCAAACUUUGUGUAAAUAGUCUGUAAAUUAGCUACACUUACACGUAGUCUAAGCCAAGAAGUCGAUGAUGUCGCUUCGAAAGUUAUACAAACACUUGUGAAGAACUAUGGAGAUAUUCUUUAGCCUUAGCUGCAAAUAAAGAAUUAAAGAUUCUUUCGAAAAGUAAA